AUGUCGCGCAUCAUUGUCAAGGGUCUGCCGACCUACCUCUCCGAUGUGAGGCUGCGCGACCACUUUGCGCAGCGCGGCGCCGUCACCGACGUCAAGCUCAUGAAGCGGCCCGACGGCACCUCGAGGCGGUUUGGCUUCGUCGGCUACCGAUCCGAGCAGGAGGCGCAGGACGCCAUGGACUACUUCAACCGCACCUUUAUCGACACCAGCCGCAUCACCGUCGAGCUUGCCAAAAAGAUUGGCGACGAGGAGCUCAAGCAGCAGGACGAGAAGCGAAAAGCGCUCAAGCGCAAGGCCGCCGACGAAGCGGGCGCUGCCGUCGUCGAGGCGUCCCCUGCGGCUGCUGCCGCCAAGGACGGCAAGAAGGCCAAGCUCGAAGGCAGCAAGGCGACCGAAGGCGCGCAGGACAAGAAGGCCAAGCACAAGUCCAAGGCGGUCUCGUUCGAAGAGUUCAUGGCCGUCAUGGCGCCCAAGUCGAAGCGGAAGACGUGGCAGAACGAGGAGCUCGGCCCUCAGCAGACCACCAGCGACAUCCUCGGCAGCCAGCCUGCCGAUCCCGCCGCGGACGCGCAGAAGAAGGACAAGAGGAAGAAGACGAAGGAGAAGGACGGCAAUGAGUCGGCAGGCGAUUCGGGUGCGCCCGGCGACGCUUCCGCCGACGUCGAAGAGGCCGAAAAGGACGGAGCGGUCAACGACGAGGAGCUCGACGACCUGGAGUACAUGCGGCGCAGGAUGAGGCACCGCGUCGGCGUCGGCCUCGAGGACGAGGCAGACCCGAAAGACAAGGUCGAGAAGGCCUUCGAGCAGUCCGACGACGAGGACGACGUCGGCGAGCAAGAGGCAAGCGAGAGUGAGAGCGAGGACGAGGAGGUGGUGCGCAAGCAGGAGCAGCAGCGCAAGGCCGCCGAGGAGACUGCCCAGCGCGAGCAGAAGAUCGUCGACGAGAUCAUGGAGAGCGGCCGCCUCUUUAUCCGCAACCUGCCCUACUCGGCGUCGUCCGACGACAUCCGCGAGUUCUUCGAAUCGUUUGGCAACGUCAGCCAGGUCCACAUCCCGCUCGACAAGGACACGAAGGCGUCCAAGGGCCUGGCGUUCGUCACCUUCGGCGACCCGGCCCAUGCUUUGUCGGCCUACCGCGCCAAGGACGGCGCCACCUUCCAGGGACGCCUGCUGCACCUGAUCCCGGCCGUCGACAAGCAUCCCAAGCCCGACGCGCCCAAGACGGUCAAGCAGACCAAGCACGAGAAGCGCAAGGCCGAGGCCGGCAAGGACUUCAACUGGGGCAUGCUGUAUAUGAACAGCGACGCCGUCGCCUCGUCGAUCGCCGACCGCCUGGGCGUGUCCAAGUCGGACAUCCUCAACCCGCAGGACUCCCCCGCCGAUAAUGCCGCCGUCCGGCUCGCGCUGGCCGAGACGCGCAUCAUCCAGGAGACCAAGGAGUUCCUGGCCAACGAGGGCAUCGACGUCGACGCCUUUGACCGCAAGGAGAGGAGCGAGACGACGAUGCUGGUCAAGAACAUCCCCUACGGCACCACGGCCCAGGAGAUAGAAGAGCUGUUUGCCAGGCACGGGCAGGUCGGCAAGGUGCUGAUCCCGCCCACCGGCACCAUUGCCGUCGUCGACAUGCCCGUCGUCGGCGAGGCGCGCACCGCCUUCCUCAGCAUCGCCUACAAGCGCUUCCGCAACUCGAUCCUCUACCUCGAAAAGGCGCCCGCCGGCGUCUUCAAGCCCGAGGCCGAUGGGCAGGCGGGCGAGGGCGGUGCUGCCAAGAUCAAGCAGGCGCCGCUGGUGGGCCAGGAGGCUCCCAAGCCCCGCUCGGCCGCCGUCGUGCUCGGCGCCGGCACCGGUUCCGAGGCCGAGGCCGAGCCGGGCGCCACGCUGUUUGUCAAGAACCUCAGCUUCUCGACCAACGACGAGCGCCUGGGCCAGGUGUUUGGCGGGCUGUCGGACUUUGCGUUUGCGCGGAUCCAGACCAAGCCGGACCCCAAGCAGCCGGGCGGCCAGGGGCGCCUCUCGAUGGGCUACGGCUUCGUCGGAUUCAAGAGCGUCGACGCCGCCAAGAAUGCGCAGAAGGCCAUGGACGGCCACGUCCUCGACGGCCACACGCUCAACGUCAGCUUCGCCAAGCGCGGCCAGGACGCCGACGACCUGGCUGCCGCCGGCAUCACCAAGAAGUCGGCGACGACCAAGAUCAUCGUCAAGAACCUGCCAUUCGAGGCCACCAAGCGCGACAUCCGCGAGCUGUUUGGAAGCCAGGGGCAGCUCAAGUCGGUGCGGCUGCCCAAGAAGUUCGACUCCAAGACGCGGGGCUUUGCCUUUGUCGAGUACGUGUCGCGUCGCGAGGCCGAGAGUGCGUUCCGCAACCUCAAGCACACGCACCUGCUUGGCCGCCACCUGGUGCUGCAGUGGUCGGACAGCAGCGACGGCGGCAACCUGACGGGCGAGGGCGAGCUGGAGCGGGCGCGGCUCAAGACGCGGCUGGGCUUUGUCGGUACCGACGACGACGGGCGCAAGAGGGAGGUGGCGGGCAAGAAGGGCAAGAUCAAGCUGGGCCACGAAGACAUUGUCCAGGCCGUGGCGGCAGAGAGGCGCAAGAAUGCCAUGGCCGACGACGGCGACGACGACGACCGGGACGACUAG